CUACGCAAUAUUUACCACCAUUUUUGCAAACACAACCGGAAGAAAUUGUUUUAAUAAAUGGAAAACCACCAAAUGACCAAAUUCAAAAACCAACGUUAUCAAACGGUACAAGUACAACAAGAACAAGUCCAAAUAGAAAAAGAAAGUUACCUAGUUGGCAAAGAGGUUUGCUUACUUCUAGAAAGAAAAAACGACGUGAAAAAAAUCCCGAAAACGAAGGAGCGGAGGAAAAUAUUGAUGAUAAAUCUUCUGAUGAAUCAAAAGAUAAUAACAUGGAUUCAGAAAACACAAACGGAGCGAGAAUUUCUUACUCUGAAGAUAGUCAUGAUAUGACUAAUUCUUUAACCCCAUUAACAGUUGAUUGUACCUCGAAUAUUAAAACUAAUAAUCCAUUACAAUCACCAAAUGCAAAACGAAGGUUAAGCGAUCUUAUGAGUCCCUCUGAAUUACUACAAGAUACUUUAGAUUUUGACGAUGUUGAUCAGGCGUUAAACGAAACUAGCGAUGUUCAUUCGAAAGAAAUUGUUGAAAUUUCAGAAAAUGAAUUAAACAAAAUUUUAAAUUUUGCUGUUGAAGUUACAACCAACCAAUCUCUGCAAUCAUUAUUAGAUCUUCAUUAUCAGUUAAGCCGAAUUAUUAAGCAAUACUCAAAGAAUUAUAAUAGAACGAAAUUACCAGACGAAUUAAUGAGUGAAUUGAAACGAUAUCAAGAAGAGACGGAAAUCAAUACUGCAGAUUUAAGUGAAGACCUAAAUAAUUUAAGAAAUAUUUGAUUCCAUAGUACUUUAUUAACAAAAAUAAAACUUUUUUUCUUAAAGAUGAAAGAUAUGUUCAAAAUUGCCGUUCAAGCUGUUAAUUUAUUAUUAAUUAUUUAAAGUGUUUAUUUACGUUUAAAGCUGCAGUGUAUAUUAUGUACUUAUUAUUUUUAAUUCAUAGUUUUUAAUACAAUAGUGAAAUAGCCAAAGAAAAAGCGAAAAAUGAAUCAAACACUGCCAAUAUAUGGAAGGCUGAUUUCUUUUUAGAUGUAUUUUUUUAAAAUGCACUUUUUUUAUUAGUUUAAGUAGUAUUAAUGUUUCUUUCCCUGUUUGUGUUCCGUUUUUCUUUACUAGCAACAACUUUUUGGUUUGUUAUUUAAAAAAAAUUGUUUAUAUUAUUAUUUUUGUUCAUCAAAAUACCACAGUAAGAAUAAAAUGUGUUAAUUUUUAUA